AAUCUUCACCUCACUUUUUUCAGGUGUACAAAUUUUGGCCGCCCCUAUCCAAGUCACUUUCUUUCUCUCUCUUUCGUUCUCUCUCUUCAAUCAAUUCCUUUUCGAAUCUGAGUUAAGUUGGGUGUCGUUUCUCAAUUCACACUCACACUCAAAAACGCUCAAACCCAAAUUUCAUUGAAUUGAAUUCGGAAGAUGGGGAAGUACAUGAAGAAAUCAAGAGCUGGUGGUGGUGACGUUAAAGUGAUGGAGGUUUCUUCCCCCGUCGGCGUUCGAACCAGAGCCAAAACCCUCGCUCUCCGCACUUCCGAUGACUCCUCCUCCUUCCAAUACCUCCAGCUCCGCAGCCGCCGCCUCCUCAAGGUCAUCCCCACACCACCGCCGCCGCCACCUAAGAAGUCCUACUUUUGCGGUGCGUCUCUCGACUCCAGGUUAAUUGAUGAAGCGGAGGCUUCUUUUGGGGAAAACACUUUGGAGGUUGAAGUAAGAGACAGGAGCACCAGGGAAAGCACACCUUGUAGUUUAAUAAGGGAUUCAAAUGCCGUUGACACCCCUGGUUCCACCACUAGAAAAAGGACUUCUACUUUCACAAACCAAAUAAUCCAUGAAAACAUACAAAGAAAUAUUCCAACAGCUUUUGAGAUGGAGGAGUUCUUUGCUCAUAUAGAGCAGCAGCAACGAACAAUGUUUAUGGACAAGUACAAUUUCGACAUUGUCAAUGAUGUACCUCUUCCUGGACGGUACGAAUGGGUCCAAGUACAUAAUCACUAGUCUAAGCCAGCCUUAGUGAUAUGGGGUUCCAUGUCUUAUCAAUUGAGUUCAAGAAAAGAUCUAUUUAGGACUUGCAAAUGUAACAACUAGCAGCGUUAACUAACCAAUUUAGAUUGCUUGAAGCUCUUUUUCAACAAGUAUAGGGUUAGGAGCAUAGAUUUCUAAAAUAUGGGAUAGUUUAGUGUGGGGGAGGAUAUCUAAUUGCUAGGUCAACUUUUCUGUAGUUUCUUUACCUUCUGUCUAUACUGUGGGAGGUAUGGUUAAUUAUGUGGAGAAUUAAUGUAGGGUACUUACCUUUGUUCUCAGCCUCGAAAUUUAGCGUUAACAUUUUAA